UUGCCUUCACAAGAACAACCUGUAGGAGAAGUAAGUGUGCAAGUGGAUUUGUUCAGUCAUCCGGGAACUGGAGAGCAGAAAGUUACUGUGAAAAUUUUGGCUGCCAAUGAUCUACGAUGGCAGACAUCAUCUGUGUUCAAGCCAUUCGUGGAGGUGCAUUUGGUCGGACCCCAUCUGUCAGAUAAGAAGAGGAAAAUGGCAACGAAGAGUAAACCAGGCAAUUGGGCGCCGAAAUUCAACGAGACUUUCCAUUUCUUCCUUGGCAACGAAGGGGAGCCGGAACAUUACGAACUGAUGUUCCAAGUAAAGGACUAUUGCUUUGCUCGCGAGGAUAGAAUCGUUGGAGUAGGUGUUCUUCAGCUGGCGAAUGUCGUCGAACAAGGAUCAUGUGCUAUGUGGGUACAACUUGGACAACGUCUGCACAUCGAUGAAACGGGCUUGAUCCUGCUGAGGAUACUGAGUCAACGACAAACAGACGAGGUUGCACGAGAUUUUGUCCGUUUGAAAUCAGAAUGUCGCCAUGAAACGGAAAGCACUUUGUCAGCUUCGGCCAGCACCCAGAACAUCAGUCGAUGA